UGCGGGCCCCUGACGCCCGGGAAAGCCCAGCAGUCCUGACAGGCUGGACUUAGAGUCUCCAGCUCUUUGAAGAGUUCUCAGGAAGUUUGGGGGAGGGGCGAGCCACUCUCUCCUGUUCUAAGCGCGCGCGGGAGGGUGAGGAGGAACCACAGUGGCAGCAGGUCUCGGAACUGUCACAUUCCAGCUCACGGACGGCCGGGGUCAGGCGCUCUUGGCGGGGUCCGCGGGGCACGAGUGAGCGGGAGGGCAGAGCGCGCCUGCCAGCAUGGAGGGACUGGUCCUGUUCAACGCGCUGGUCACCCGGCUGCUGUUCUUCCUGCACUCGCUGGUCGGGGUCUGGAGAGUGGCCAAGGUAUAUGAGGAGCCGAUGUACUUGCUGCUCUCGCUGCUCACCCUCUUGCUCUUCCUGGAGACUGCGCUCACCCUCAAGUUCAAGCGCGGCAGAGGCUACAAAUGGUUUUCACCAGCCAUAUUUGUAUAUCUAAUUAACAUCGUUCCAUCAUUGUGGAUUCUUGAAGUGCACCAUGGGACCCAGUCUUAUGGUAGCCAAUCUGAAGGAAUGUCACAGAAUACCAGCAGCAAAGAAGACUUCAAUCGGACGCUGAUGUCAAGAGAACACACCGGUGGAGGGGACGGUCUCUUUGAGACGGCCCGAGUUUUUAUACAGAACUUGUCUGAAGUCCCGGAGAAAGACUGGACUUUGGCGCUCCAUCAGACACUCUUGUUAAUGCUCAUAAUUGGGAGAUGGCUUCUACCUAUCGGGGGCACAAUCACUCGGAACCAACUCUCAGAACUUCUCCUUAUGUUUGUGGGGACAGCUGCUGACAUACUGGAAUUUACAAGUGAGACCUUGAAAGAAAACAAUGUGAGGAAUAACCCUGCCCUCGUCUAUGCCAUCCUUUUUAUAUGGACCUGGGGCCUGCUGCAGUUUCCCCUCGACCUGGCAGUGCAGCAUGACGUGUGCCCCUCGUCUUUCAGAGCCAGGGCGUUCCCCAGCAUGUUAUUUUGCCAGCACAGCGCCGAUCUGUGGAACAUUGGGAUCACUGUCUUCAUCCAAGACGGCCCCUUCCUUACCGUGCGGCUCGUGCUGAUGACCUAUUUCAACGUGAUCAACCAGAUGCUGGUGUUCUUCGCUGUGAAGAAUUUCCUCGUGGUGGUGUUACACCUCUACCGCUUGGUUAUCUUGGUCCUGGUCGUCCGGGCCUCCUUGCAAAGCCAGCCACAAGUUCUGCAAGGAGAGCACAGUGGUCCCGCUGGAGCAGCCGACAGAGGGGUCUCACCUGGGGACUGGGAGAGAGGCUCCAAGGAGGGCGUGGCGAUGCCUUUGCGGGGCUCGCCAGUCGCCUCCGACGGUGAUUACCCCACGCCGUAGUUAUUUAUCGACAGUAGCAUGCAAGUGAAUUAUUUGACUUGCCAGUUUUUCUUACAAACAGAAUCUCCUUCUUCCUUUUUAAAAAAAAAAACCUUGCCUAAUCAUAAUUUUCCAAAGAACAACAUAAAAAUGAUCUUAAACCAGUCAAAAUAAUGUCCAUGGAGUCACUUUAAAAUGGAGCUAGAGCUGCCAUCCUUGCAGGUCUGACGCCUCACACUUUGGAAGGUUAAGACCACAAAACAAAACUACCUUUGGAUGGGACCUAGAGCAACAUUGUAUCCCCCAAAAACUGCCCGCAAGGAUAACAAGAAAAGUAGAUAUUCUGACUACCGGAUUUACAGCUACCUGACCACCAACUGAAAACCUUGUUUAGCAUUAGCAUCCUUGUGUCAUGUUAUGCGCACCCAUAGAAGUGCCUUCCUUCUAUUGAUGUCACCGUUCUCCUUCCCUUUCUCAGAAAUACCCCUGGUCUUUGUCUCCUCGUUGGAGCAUUAUUUGGGCUUCCCCCUGAAUCGGUGCUUUCUGAAUAGCUAUUUUUAUCGAUCUCAAAUAAAUGUUUAUUGCCUUUCACUUUGGAAGGGCUUUUAGUUUUAGGUUAUCAAAACAAAGCUGGGAAUUUUUUUUUUUAACUGAAUGGAAAGAACUUUGAUUAGCGGCCAUGGCUUUGACUUCUGUGUGAUGGUAUCAGAUGUUAGAGUGUUUCAUCGACUAAGUGAUUUGUUUGUCCUGAAGGGUUUGCAAAGCUGUGGACCGGGUUCCAAUGACAUGCCCUCAGGAGAUUCAGUGCAAACUGUCCCAGCGGUUACCUGAAAACAGAAGCUUUGAACUUCGGCUCCAUUGUCAGACUAUCUCAUAUGAUCUCUUCUGCAAUGUCCCUCUGACGUUAAAAAAAAAAAGUACAUUCUGUGAAUGCAGAACAAAUAAAGGGUAAUGUGUCUUUAAAAUUACCUCAGUGUGUGCUAGAGACAGUGAACAUCUCAGCCCAGCUACUAGAGCACGGAGAGCCCUCUUCACUGCUGCACACGCCUUCCCAGAACAUCAUUUUUCUGGGCUGAUGUGGUGCUCUGUCAAGGCGCAUAUGCUCUUACAGGAAUUUUAUUGCUUUUGGCUUGAGCACCACAAAAUUCACAGCAAGCCAUUUCAGUUAGAGAUCUACUGGUUGCGAGGCAGGAUAUCCUGGUAAUGCGAGCAAAGUCACAAUUUCCACUCUGAACGUGAUUUGCAGAAUUUGUCAGUAUUUUUCUUAACUGAACUUCACUGUUUUCUGUAUACCCAAGUCGAAUUUUGUGCGUUGGUGCAAGGAAGUGCUGAAUCAGUGAAUAAUGGGGUUUCAGGCCCUUGAAGUGUUACCAUAGUUUUUGGUGACUGCCAGCAGUCACUGCAGCCCCUCUGAGCUGCCACAACAAGGCAUGGCCUUAGGUCUCAGGAAAGGGGCUGGUGAUGGAGGCUUGCAUCAGCCCCAUGGCCUUCGAUUAGUGAUAGGGGUCAGAAUACGUGUGGUACAGCAUUUGGAAAUCAGGACAUUUGCCUUUGUUCUCUGCAUUAAGAGUUCAUUUUUCCUAUAUUGAGAUAGUCACACUUUUUCUAUACACUGCUGUACUUUCCAGAUGGAGGUAAUUCAGAACGUUUUCUUUCUUAUUUUUGCUUUUAAACGUACAGUGUGAAAACUUACCUGGCUAUAUCAGAGUAAUUGCAUGAGGCAAACAGUUUAAAAACUAUUUUUCUGGGGCUCCUCUUAUUAUCCUCAGGAACUCAGAGAGACUUUGAAAUAACGCAGGGUAUAACCUUAGAUUAGGUGUGACUUCAUUGGGACAAUUAAUUGGGACAAUUUUAUCUAUAAGUCCAUGUGACAUGAUAUCUGUUCAAAAUAUCUGAUAAAAACUUUCAUAAGCAAUCUCUGUUUUUAUGCAGAGAAAUCAGUAGUUUCCGAGUAAUGCGUUCCUCAGUGCCUCAUACCAUGCUUCUAUUUCUUUUCUUCCAUGUGUUUCUCAUUUUAACAAUCUGAUUGUAAAGUUACCCAUGAAACUAAUGGGAUGCAUUUAUAAUUUUCCAUAAUAAUUUUAUGAAAGAUCAGGAAAUCAUAUCUAUAUAAAGGAAGAAACUUGACAACUUUUAAGGGCAUGUUAUUUAAAAUGCUUCACAACUGAAAGCAAAAUAAUAACUGCUAUUUAUAAAAAUGCCUCAGCAGAGUCUGUUUUUCUGUUGACUAUUUUAUGGUGAAUGUUUUCCUCCACAACAUGUAUGUGCUACUUAUUAUUGCAGAUUUGCUCAUGGCAUACUUUUCAUGUUUGAAUUUUUUUCCAGCAAAACAAACAGUGGGCCUCUAAAAAUAGAUCAGUAUAAAGUAAUACGGGCUGUUGCAAGGAUAUUUUUAAAUGCUUUCGCAUCUAAGACUUGGCACGGCUUUGUGAAUGAGUUUCUAGUAUUUAAGUGAAGUAUUUUGUAAUUAACAUUCUGCCGAAGGCCUGGGAAAUAUGAAGUUCGAAGCCUCGCUGCACUUUGAGCUCCAAGAAGGCAGAAAGCACCCAGGACCAUCACAGCAGCUGAUGGUGGGAAGAACAGAAACACACUGUGGCAACGUUUUCCAGGAAAAUCUACUUAGGGCGUCAUUGGUUAACCUAACUGCCAGUGCUCCAACUCUUUUGAAAUUACUGUUCUUAUUGUAGAAAUAAAAUCUAUAUCCAUUUAGCUUAUUUAAAAAUAAAACUUAAGUGCAAGUUGUAUCCCUAGCACCCCUCAUGAAAAGCUAAAAAUUUAUUUAGUUAUUUAAUUUUUUUUAGUAGAAUACUUAGCAUUUUUUAGUAGAAUGCUAAACAGGAUGUUUGAAAGCAUCCAAGUGUCUGCUGUAAGUAAAGUGGCUGGAAUAUGUUGACAUCCUGGGACUUGUGUCCCUUUAAUUUGUAAUCAGAGAGGUGACUCUGAUCAUCUGUAUGAUAUAAUGCAGGCCACACCUCUGUACCUGUACGGACCCUGUAUACCCUGUACAGACACAGGCCAGUUCCCUGCCGCCGAAGAAAGUGGCUCAUUUGUUAUCGCUGUUUUAUUUUAAUUGCUUGAAUAAAACUCAGUCAAAUAUCCUCUCUCAAAACAUAGUUCACUUGUGAGAAAACACAAUGUACCUAUUUUAGUGAUUCUGUGUAAAAACUCAUCUCAUAAACAUUUUGUGUGUUUUCUUUACCCUUUCUAAAGAUUAAUCUCAGAGAACGUAACUUGACAUUGCAAGAUUAGUAAACUGUCUCUGUCUUUGAUGAUGUUGUUAAUUCAUAUUUAAACUGAAACAGAUAACAUAUACAAGUAAAAAUUUGAGUUGGCAAUAACAUUCUUUUUAAUCUUCCCAAAUGAACAUUGCUGCCCACAUGUAGCAGUUGGCUCUGCUGCUGUUUCACUAACAGGCAGCAGCAGUUCAGGACUCAUAAUAUCAGAAAGACAGGCUAAGAAAUAUCGGGAUUUACUAUUGUAAUAUUAAUUGCUAACUUAAUAGCAAUUUUUCAAAGCGUCGGAAGGCGUGCAUUGUAGGUGUGCAUGCUUUAGGGGUUUUACCCAGGUUUCAAAGCUCAACACUGACUCUUACCAUGUUUGGCAUUUAAUCUCCAUGACUCUUAAUCAACUCUCCUGUUAAAAGAAAGAAUUGCAAGAGGCCAAGUCUCUGUCCACAUUCACUCUAAUCUGGUGCCAGGAAAGUGAGAUCCUGAAGUAUUAUGGAGCCUUGGAGAAGUAACUGAAAAAAGCAAACAAUUGAAUUACAAGGAAAGAUUGUUACCCUUUUUCUAAUGUCAGACUUUGUGUUUUUCAUUUAAUGGACAUUCUGAUCCACUCUCGGAAAGAUCUGAUUUGGGAUUAAACUACAGCUGGAGGGUGUUUAUAGCUCUGAGACUUCAAAUAACGUUCCUUAUGACAGGAGUAACUCUAAACAACAUUUGAAUAACAAGUGCUAUGGCCUUAUAUAUUAUGAGUGUCCAGCAUGUAUUUUAUAAGAAUAUUUCCUCUGAAUUAUUCAUAUUUAUAAUAUUUUGCCAUGAAUGACCUUUGUAUUUUGUUUUAUAUGCAUAAAGUAAUUUG